AUGGCCACUAAGCUAAAGCUCUUCUGCAUUGUGGAGGGAGAAUUGACGUCCUUCUCAGUGACUAUCCUUUCCAACGAAACUAUUGACGACCUCAAGAAGGUCAUCAAGGCAGAGAAGGCACCAGAUCUCAACUAUAUUGCCUCAAACAAGCUCACUCUCGAACUCAUUCCUGGUGGCGCAACAAAGGAAGGACUACUCAGUUUCCCCAAAGGAUCAGUCAAGGUACUAGAUGAGCUCGAAAAGCUUAGCACUUAUUUCCCAGAAGGGGCGGCAGAGGGUCUCAUUCACAUCAUUGUCAAAGUGCCGCAGCAAGCUGAACAACCACAGUUAUAUCCCUGUCGUCCUAAAGUAGCUGUCAGUCUUGCACAACGUAAGUAA